AUGGGAACAACAGACCAAGAAAUGAACUCACACGGCGAGGUGGUGGAGUCGCCAUUGCAUCUCCACAACUCCAAUUCCAACAACAACAACAACAACAUCAACAAGAACACCAACAUCCCCUUCACCUCCCUGGGAAGGCAGUCCUCCAUCUACUCCCUCACCCUCGACGAAUUCCAGCACACCCUCUGCGAGGGCGGCAAGAAUUUCGGCUCCAUGAACAUGGACGAGUUCCUCAACAGCAUCUGGACCGCCGAGGAGAAUCAGGCCGCCGGGGGCACCGCCGGGCACACCAUCCUUCAUAAUUCCAACCCGGCCCCCAUGUCGGCAGGUACCCCCGCCAGCAACGGGGACCCGACGGGUUCGGGGAAUCCGGGUCGGGGGAUCUCCAAGCAGCCCAGCCUUCCCAGGCAAGGCUCGCUCACUCUCCCGGAGCAGCUCUGCCGGAAGACGGUCGACGAGGUUUGGUCGGAGAUUCACAACGGCAGGAUGAACAAGGCGGCGGCAGCGGGGAAGAGCGAAGGGAAUUCCAAUUCUUCCCGGGGGAACGUGCGGAAUGCCGAUUCUACCCCUCGGCAGCCGACUUUUGGGGAGAUGACCUUGGAGGAUUUUCUCGUCAAGGCAGGGGUAGUUCGGGAACAACAAUGUGGGGCAGCAGCUGCUGCCGCUCCGCCUCUCCUUCCACCUCAGCAGCAGUCGCAGUACGGGAUGUACCAGUCCGGCGGCGGCGCUGUCGCGGCCGGGUUUCUUCCCCGGUCGAUCGGAAGCGGUGGAGCGGUGGGUAAUUACCAGUCGGUCCUUCCACAAACUGGUGGGCCGAUUGGAGAAUCAUCCGGAAGGAACGGUGGGUACACGCAGCAGCAGCCUCCGCCACCGGCCGCCGUUUACGGCGGGAGAGUGGGGAAUGGGGUCGCCGGCGGAGGGGGAUAUGUGCCGGCGCCACCGUUAUCGAUGGUGGGGCCUGUGAGUCCAGUGUCGUCGGAUGGGAUGGUGGCGAAUGUGGAUGCGGUGGGGAAUCAGUACGGGAUGGAUAUGAGUGGGUUGAGGAGCCGUAAGAGGAUAAUUGAUGGGCCGGUGGAGAAGGUGGUCGAGAGGCGGCAGCGGCGGAUGAUCAAGAAUCGUGAGUCCGCGGCCAGGUCCCGUGCUAGGAAACAAGCUUACACGGUUGAGCUGGAGGCAGAACUGAAUCAGUUGAAAGACGAGAACAAGCAGCUCAAGCAAGCACUGGUUGAGCUAGAAAGGAAAAGAAAGCAACAGUAUGUUGAGGAACUGAGGACGAAGGGACAGUCGAAGGCACAGAAGGCCAGGGAGAGGCUGAGGCUCAUGAGAAGGAACCUCAGUUGUCCGUUGUGA